ACAAAAAAUGCAUUACUUGGUGUAGGUAUAGAAAUAAUAUAAACAAAUAAUAAAACAGAGAAAUAAUUAAAAUGCCACUUACUGCAGAGAGUGCUGCACAACAAAUACAGGAUCGCCUGAAAGACAUCCAACAACUUAUUCACAAAGUGGAUAGUGAAAGACGCCGUGCAGAAAAUUCCAUAGCCAGCCUUGUGCGUGCACAGCAAAAUCCAAAUCCGAAAUUAAAGACGCUGCUGCAGUCAAAAAUUGCAGAGGCAAAUCAAGAGGAGGCAACAAUUCGAGCGGCCCUCGCCAAAAUACAUGAAAUACGAAAUAUACGAAAUGAACGACGAAUUCAGGCUCGCAAUGCCGGCAACAAGGAAGCAAUUCGUCGAGGUGCUCUCAUGAAAAUGGUGCAGCUCUCAGCUCAGACAUUGCCUCUGUUUGUUGGCAAGCCGGGCGAGCGCGCACCGCCUUUGUGUGGAGCAAUACCUGCGGAGAGCAACUAUGUGGCCAAGGUGGGUGACAAUGUGGCUGCGCUGGCCAAGGGCAUCGACGAAGAGGAGAACUGGAUCCUGGCUGAGGUGGUGCAGUUUCUACACCGUCAAAACAAAUACGAUGUCAUUGACAUAGACGAAGAGCAGAAAGAUCGACAUGUGCUGAGCAAACGCAAAGUUAUUCCAUUGCCAUUAAUGCGUGCCAAUCCAGAGACAGACGGGCAUGCGCUUUUUCCCAAGGAUACCGUCGUCAUGGCUCUGUAUCCUCAAACAACAUGCUUCUACAAGGCCAUUGUGCAUCGUCUGCCGCAAACUGCAACGGAAGAUUACGAAGUGCUUUUCGAGGACUCAUCUUAUUUGAAUGGCUACGCAGAGCCGUUGCCUGUGGCGCAGCGCUAUGUAAUUGCUUAUCGCACCACCAAGAAGAGCGCGGGCAGCGGCAGCGGCAAUCUCUCAUCCGCCUAAGUAAGGAACAAUGGAAUUGUAAUAGCUAUAUAUAUAAUUAUUAUAUACAUAUUCAUAAAACUUAAUUUCUAAUUGAAA